CCUGGUUGUAAAUUGCAAAUCUAGAAUGCCAUCAGCUGGUGAUGAAUCAAAAUUGAUUAUUACAAUUUACUGACAACAUGUGCAUUUAUUUAUUUGCUCGUUUCCAUGCAAUAUGCAUACAGUAAUUAUGUUGAGAAGAAAGCUAGACAGUUUUUUUAGCAGUGGUCAUACCAACAACUGGGCAGUCCUGGUCUGCACGUCUAGAUUCUGGUUUAAUUAUCGGCAUGUGGCAAACACACUGUCAGUAUACAGAAGCGUAAAGAGGCUGGGCAUUCCAGACAGUCACAUUGUGCUGAUGCUAGCCGAUGAUAUGGCCUGUAACUAUAGAAACCCCAAACCAGCCACUGUGUUCAGUCAUAAGAACAUGGAGCUUAACGUGUAUGGAGAUGAUGUGGAGGUGGAUUACCGUGGAUAUGAGGUCACAGUGGAGAAUUUCCUGCGAGUCCUGAGAGGGCGUCUCCCCCCCAGCACUCCUCGAUCCAAACGUCUGCUUUCCGAUGACCGCAGCAACAUUCUCAUCUACCUGACAGGGCAUAGUGGAAACGGCUUCCUGAAGUUCCAGGACUCUGAGGGGAUCAGCAACAUGGAGCUGGCUGAUGCCUUUGAGCAGAUGUGGCAAAAGAGGAGGUACAACGAGUUGUUGUUCAUCAUAGACACCUGCCAGGGGGCCUCCAUGUAUGAGAGGUUUUACUCACCCAACCUCAAUGCCCUGGCCAGCAGCCAAGUGGGAGAGGACUCGCUCUCACAUCAGCCAGACUUGGCAAUAGGGGUCCAUUUGAUGGACAAGUACACCUUCUACUUACUGGAGUUCCUGGAGGAAGUCCACCCCGCUAGCCAGGCCAACAUGAACGAUUUGUUUAAGGUGUGCCCACAGAGUCAGUGUGUGUCCACUCCGGGUAACCGUACUGACCUGUUCCAGAGGAAUCCCGGGAGCGUCCUCAUCACUGACUUUUUUGGAAGUGUCCGCAAAGUGGAGAUCACCAAGGACACUAUCAAUCUGACAUCUUCUGUAAAGCCGACGAUACAGAGGUCUGGAAGUGGCGAUAUGCAGAUCGAAUCGUUGUCGUAUGUGGACCAACUUCCAGUGGCUCAAAUUAUUCAUCAGAAACCCAAGCAGAAAGACUGGCACCCUCCUGAUGGCUUCAUUCUGGGGCUCUGGACUCUGAUCUUGCUGGUGUUCUUCCAGACCUAUGGCAUCAAACAUCUCACACACAUCUUCUGAUUCAUCCCUUCCAGCACCACAGAGGUCAAAGGAGCCACUACAUUCAUAAAAGAGUCCACCCUAGCUUUGUUCAUGAUUGAUUUGGUCAGCAAUAGGUUUUUAUUUAUUAUUUGAUGCAAGUUUGUUUUCUUUGGGUUUUGCAAUGUAUCAUUUUUUGAAAGUGACAUGCACUGACUUCUUACGUUCAAACAUUCUUUGUUGUUUGGAGCUCAGUAAAUCCAUUUGAAUUUCACACAGGGACAUUCUUUUGAACUAAACACACACAGACAGCUUGCAGGGAGAAGCGUACUUAUUAUUUGUUGGUUUGUUUGCUUGUUCUUCAUUUCCAUUUAUAGUUUCAUCUCUUCAACAGUUAUUUCUCACAUUUAUAGUGGCACAUGUGGAAUUGUAACUUGUAACUCAUCCCAGAUUUCUUCAUCUGUUCUUUUUUUUUUUUUUUUUUUUAAAUAGAUAAUCUGAAUAGUAAAUGCAAUUGCUGAUCUGUUGUUUCAAUUGCAUAAUUUCCAUUCUUUAUUUAAAGUGGUAAAUGAUAAUGCUUUUCAGGGUAAUUUAUUGGUCAUAUUUUACCACAAAAUUGAGACAAUGAGUAAACAUUUUGCAAAAAAAAAAGCUAAUUUUAGGAUAUUGUCCUAAUGAAAAGAAACAUCUCACUGCAAUACAGUGAUGCUUUUUUUUAUCAGCAUACAUCAGAUUAAGUACAACAAACUAUAACAGGAUGUGUAAUCACUACUGUUCUUAAUUGAAUUCAUAUAACAUUUAUUUUCCAAUUAGCAAUGAGAAUAAAAUAGUUUUUCCACACAUCAUUAAGCUGCUGGCAACUGACUGACAAGAAGUGGGGAGAAAAUGUUAUGAAACAGGCUUUGUUUUUAAAGCAUUUUUUUUAUGACUUAUACAUUAUCAUGAGAUCAUUCAGCAAUAAAUAUGAGGAAUUAAUGGACAAAAAAACUAAAUUUCCAUGUACAGCAACCAUACAGCUCCAUUUGCCUGUGGCAGUGUCCUGUAUCUGUCCAUUAGCGUCUCUGCUGCACUUGAACUGUUACGAAUGUGCUCUAAAAGGGGUCGCCCGAAUUCACCCCCAGCUACACAGCAAGUGUGAAUAAGAGACUGACAAAUUGGACUGUCUGAUUCAGUUUUUUCCUUCCUUUUUUUUUCUGUCUGUCUAAUGCAUCAUUAACUGUUGGUUACUGAGGAUUGUUUAGGAGAGCAGAGCUCACAUUAAAAUAUUCACUGGCACUCACGUUUUGUGAAGAAACGCAUUACGAGAAUUUCUACAGUGCAAUUUUGUCUUCCCUUUUACGUUCUCUAACAUUGAGCUGUUUUAUUUUAUUUAUUUAUUUUUAUUAUAAAACUGGCUAAAGGUGAUGUUUUGAAUAAAGUAUACAGUGAAAAUUU